CCGCCAGGACAGCCUACGCUCCGACUACGAAAGAGACAGUCGCUAUGGCAUCGUGCAGCAGGCUUCCAUCGAGAGCACGGACUCCCGGCUUUGCUACCUCACUUCCUCGGAGAUGUCGGACGACGACCGCAUGUCGCUGACGACGGCUGUGAGCGACGAGGAGGACGCGGAAAGCGCGCACAACUCGCCGUACCGCGGAAAGCAGACGGGCACAGCGGCAGCGAGCUUCAAUUGCACCGGAGCUGUCAGGAAGGCAGGGUUCUUGAGCGUGAAGAAGUGGCUGCUGCGCAAGAAGCACCAGAUCGAGCUGGCCCGUAAGCGCGGCUGGAAGGGCUACUGGGUGUGCCUGAAGGGCACCACGCUGCUAUUCUACCCGUGCGAGUCGCGGGAGGGCCGCUCCGUCGAGGCGGCGCCCAAGCACCUCAUCAUUGUCGAUGGCGCAAUCAUGCAGCCCAUCCCCGAGCACCCGAAGCGCGACUACAUCUUCUGCCUCAGCACGGCAUUCGGCGACGCCUACCUCUUCCAGGCGCCCUGCCAGGUGGAGCUGGAGAACUGGGUGAACAGCAUCCAUUCGGCCUGCGCCGCUGCCUUCGCCAGGCACCGCGGCAAGACGGGCACCUUGCACCUGCUGCAAGAGGAGAUCUUCCGGCUGGAGAAGGCUAUCGACUCGGACAACAAGCUGAAGCACAUGGCGGACCUGCAGCAGAGUGUGGUGUCAGACCCGGGCACCAAGCAGGAGAUCACCAAGCAGAUCGUGCAGUGGGACGAGAACCUGGAGCGGCUCCACUGCGAGCAAUUCCGCCUGCGCUGCUACAUGGCCAGCCUGCAGAGCGGCGAGCUUCCCAACCCCAAGAGCUUGCUGACAUAUGUGUCGCGCGCCACCAAGAACACACUGAACCGACUCGGCGUGUUCACGGUGUCGUCGUUCCACGCAUUCAUCUGCGCGCGCAGCCCCUCGCUGCUGAACAACCUGCUAGCUGGCCGUGGGGCCACCAAGCGGCGGGCGCCCAUGCUGUCGCGCUCCAACAGCGGCUCGAGCCGACGCUCCGUGCAGGCGGCAUCACGUGACGACGGCGAGAAGCCGGUCAAGGUGUCGCUGCCCGACAACCAGGUGGCGCAUGUGUACCUGCGGGACGCCAUGUCGGUGGAAGAGUUCCUGGCGAGCGCCUGCGGCCGCCGCAGCCUCAACCCCAUGGAGCACUUCGUGCGGGUGAAGAAGCGCCGAGACAUGGAGGACCACAACUACUUCGUGCCUCACCGCAGCGACCAGAUAGAGACUUAUAUACACACGCACGAGGUGAUCGAGGUGUGCGCCAAGAUCCUGUACCAGGUGGAGUUGCAGCGGUCCACCCUGGACCAGAUGUGGGGGUUCUCGGUGGAGGCUGAGCUGAUUGAGAACGCUGACCGCCAGGACGAGCUGUGCUGCUACGUGAGCCGCGUCGAGGACAAGAGCGUGGCCAUGCACAACGGCAUCAUCAAGGGCGACGAGAUCAUGGUGAUCAACGGCGCGAUCGUGAGCGACCUGGACAUGAUGUACCUGGAGAGCGUGCUGCAAGAGGAGCUGGCGCUGUGCAUGAUGAUGCGGUCGUCGCGCACCGAGCCGCCCGACCUGGCCGGCAUCAUGCGCGCCACCGACGACAUCAUCGACAGCCUGGUGUGCCCGCCGCCGCCCUGCGAGCCGCCAGUCAUCAGCGAGGAGAUGAUCUCGGGCCUGAUCGUGCCCGCGCCCGGCUGGAGCAAGGAGUUGUACUCGUCGGAGGCCGAGAGCUCACCAGCACCUUCCAGCGACCCGGGAGGCAAGUCCACGUCGCGAACCAACUCCUUCGAGAUAGAGAACCUGCUGAAGACCGCCGAGCAGGUGACCGGCUUCUGCCGCUCGCCCGUCGAGACCCGCAAGUCCAGCCCCACGGGCAGCGUGACCAGCAGCCAUUCGCAGGCGCUGCUGACCCCCAGCCGCCAGCUCACCGACGGCGAGAAGCUGCAGAAGGUCAUCCUCGAGCUGGUCGACACGGAGAGGACCUACGUCAAGCACCUAAACAACCUACUGGAAAACUACCUGGAGCCGUUGAAGAAGGAAACAUUCUUGUCGAACGCGGAGAUCAACGCGUUGUUCGGCAACAUCCGGGAGAUAGUGGCCUUCCAGCGCCAGUUCCUGCAGAACCUGGACGAGGCGCUGGAGCUGGAGCCGGACUUCCACAAGUUCGAGCACCCCAGCCAGUUCAAGAAUGUUCUAUUUUCGGUUGGAAAUGCGUUCUUGUACUACGUCAACCACUUCAAGCUGUACAGUUCCUUCUGCGCCAGCCAUUCGAAAGCCCAGAAAGUUCUUCAUCCAAAUGAAGGCAACCAAGCUCUGCAAGAGUUCCUGGCAGCCCGAAACCCACGCCAACAACAUUCUUCUACCUUGGAGUCGUACCUAAUCAAGCCGAUCCAGAGAAUCCUCAAAUACCCAUUGUUGCUGCAGCAGCUGCGGAACCUGACCGACCCGCAUGCCGACGAACACCAGCACCUUGUAGAGGCUCUGAACGGGAUGGAGAAGGUGGCCGAGCACAUAAACGAGAUGCAGCGCAUCCACGAGGAAUAUGGAGCCAUUUUCGAUCACCUGUUUCGUCAGCACCAAAAAUCUUGCAAGCAGCCGAUUGACUUGAGCCCUGGUGACUUGCUGUACUAUGGGGGUGUGGAGUGGCUCAACAUAUCAGAUUUCCUGGGCAAAAUCAAGAAAGGAUUGGAGCUCCAUGCUAUGUGUUUCGUCUUCAAAUCUGCAGUAGUGUUCCUGUGCAAGGAACGCCUUAGGCAGAAGAAGAAGCUUAUGGGUGUGGCGAGCAAGACCAGCUCCAGCGAAGUGGAGAUAAUCAGAUACCAGGUGCUGAUACCAGUGACCGAGGUGCAAGUGCGUGCCAGCUCAGCCAAGGACAUGGACUCACACUUCCUGUGGGAACUCAUACACUUGCGCAGUCAACUGCAGAGGCGCUCCGAGAAAGUGUACGUGCUGUCCAACAGCACCGCCGACUUCCGCAACGCCUUCCUGAAGACCAUCCGGCAGAUCAUACGCGAGAGCGUGCGCAACAUGAGCAUCCCGGCCACGAAGCUGGGGCCCGGCGGCGGCGUGCUGGUCGCGUCUUCGUCCACGUCUUCGGCCGGAGCCGCCGCCGCCGCCGGAGCCGCCGCCGCCGAGCCGCCCCCGCCGGCGCGCGGCGCGCUCGUCGUGCAGGGCUCGCACACGCUCGCCAAGCCCAAGAAGCCGCUGAAAGGCGCGCAGCGACACUCGGCUGGCAACAUCGACUGCGACAACAUGGCGUCCAGCCGGGAGUCCGACGACCUGCCGGACGCGCCCGCCGCGGGCUUCCGGUCGCGCAGCAAGACCGUCAGCGACGGCAUUGACGAGACAAACGCCGCGGAGAAGAGCCGCCACGACUGCGACCCGGGCACCAAGUCGGAGGGCGAGGAGGACUGCCAGCUGAGCACCAUCGCGCCGGGCAAGGGCAAGGCGUCUCUGGGCCGCACUCCGAACCACCUGACCCUCAGCACCACCUCCACGCUGUCCGUCGGCAGCACCGGCAGCCAGGCGCGCCUCAUCCAGUCCUCGCACCAGCCCGAGAACUACCAGCCGCCGAUCGUCAAAGACCUGGGGUCACCCGUCUGGAAACCAAGGGACAUGUUCAACUUGGGUGAAGCUACGACCUUGCCGCGCAAAGUGAAAUCGUCGUCUGCUAGUUCGUACUCGGACGCGUCCUCCAAGGAGCGCAGCGGGGCCUAUGAGUUCUCGGGCAGGAGGCUGGAGCAGCCAUCAGGCUCUCACGAAGCCUCUUCGUCUGCGUCAGCGAGCGUGAAUAAAGCCUGAGCGAAAGAAAUGAUCUCACAUCCAAAGAAGAAUACACGAGCCGCACAGUGGAGGACAUGUCCAGAAGCGCAAUAUGUUCAGAGCGCACAAAACAAGGCACAAUUUAAAAUCACUUCGAACUGAGAAGACAUCUUCGGGGCUCGCACCCCAAAAACAGCAGGAGAAGACAAAAUUCUGCAAUUGUUUAUUUUUUUCUAAUUUAUUAUGUAGGCUAUAUCUAUGAACAAAAACCUUUUAUAUCAUCUGUUAGUUCUUUAAAAAAAUUUUAAUUUAUUUACUUUCAUUGGAGCUAUAUUUCUAAACAAUAUUCGCAUUCAUAUUUUGUGUUUAACUUAUUAAAGAAUAGCAGUUGGAUAGUGCUGCACUGUGUUUAAUUAAAGUGCCUCUUAAUAAACCUUUUUGAUUGUUUAUCCCUAUUACAAUUGAAUGAAAUAAAUAUUAGCACUGCCUCUUUGUUGUAGUUGUUUUAGUCAUUUAAGUUUUUGUUAUAUAUUAGCUGUAUUAUUGUGUCUUUAAAAUGGUCUUAUUUCUUAUGAAAUUUUUGCUAUUGGAAGUUACCAUUCAGUAUGCUACUAAAGAACACAUCUUCGUUAAUAAUACGUUAUGGUGCAUUGAAUUUUAUUCCGAUUUUUUAGCAUUUACCAUAGAUAAUUUACUCUUUGACUUAAAAACUUAAUUUGCGCCGCGACUUAUUUAGACGAAAUAUUAUAUAUAUAUAUAUAUAUAUAUAUAUAUAUAUAUAUAUAUAUAGCUGUCAUAGAAAAUAAGUAAUUUUUAUCGACAAAAAAGCUAAUUAAAUAAAUACAUGUUGUGUGAAUUUAUAUUAGCAGGACCAUCGCAUGUGGGAUACCACGAAUUUUCACAGGAAAUCAGAGAAAAUUAAAAUGUACCCCAAUAUAUCAAUUAUUGUGCCAUAGUAAGGCCUACUUUUUCAAUGUUUAUUAUUUUAAUCUUGAAAUAAAUAAGCCUUAUUUCUAAAAAUAAAGAAAAUAUAUAUUAAAAUACGAAUUAUUACAUAUAUGUAUAUAUGAAGUCCCUACUAGAGUAGCACCACUUUGUUUAUUUGUUUCGUAGGGUGUCACGUCAUCAAAGUUAAUGAAAAGUGAUCUGUAGAUAACGAAAUUUCUAAUGAUCAUGAAGAGAGUGGUGCAAAUGCAUUGCAAUUUAGCACAUGUUGUUCCAUUUACACUCUUAUGGUGACACCGAGCAGUUAGCUGUGGCAGGGCCUUAUGGUUGUGGAUUCAUCAGUCGCUCAGCACUCAUAUUGUCAGGUUUAUAUAAAUUUUAAACCACAACUUACAAAUAAACUGUAAUUGUGCUACACUAUUACUUACACUAAAGCACCUCGAAUUGCAAAUGUAUGUUUCAUAUAUAUAUAUAUAUAUAUAUAUAUAUAUAUAUAUAUAUAUAUAUAUAUAAACAUAUA